GGAGCCAGUCAGCCCUCCGCAGCCGCUGCUAGCCCUUGGCUCCAACCCACACUCCCCGCUCGGUCCCUCGAGUCCGCGUUCCUCACGCGGCCGUCGCGAGGCGGCUCCCUGCGUUCCCGCGCGGGUCCCGGGCGAUGGCUGCGCGGGGGUCGGAGUGCACGGUCCUCUGCCUCGGGCCCCGCCCGCUCCACUUCCUCCUCGUUUUUCAGCUGGUCGCCGGGCGCUGGGGUCCGGAGGGCGCGGGAGGCGGCGUGCCCGGAGGUUUGGAAUUUUAUGACAAGCAACCCCCCUAGCCCUGGAUUAGCUGAACCAUCCUUUGUUGCCAAACAUGAAGAUAGUUUGUUUAAGGAUUUAUUUCAAGACUACGAGAGAUGGGUUCGUCCAGUGGAACACCUGAAUGACAAAAUAAAAAUAAAGUUUGGCCUUGCAAUAUCUCAAUUAGUGGAUGUGGAUGAGAAAAAUCAGUUAAUGACAACCAAUGUCUGGUUGAAGCAGGAAUGGAUAGAUGUAAAAUUGAGAUGGAACCCUGAUGACUACAGUGGAAUAAAAGUUAUACGAGUCCCUUCAGACUCUCUCUGGACUCCAGACAUUGUUUUGUUUGAUAAUGCAGAUGGACGUUUUGAAGGGGCCAGUACGAAAACUGUCGUCAGGUAUGACGGCACUGUUACCUGGACUCCACCGGCAAACUACAAAAGUUCCUGUACCAUUGAUGUCACAUUUUUCCCAUUUGAUCUCCAAAACUGUUCCAUGAAAUUUGGCUCUUGGACUUAUGAUGGAUCACAGGUUGAUAUAAUUUUGGAGGACCAAGAUGUUGACAAGAGAGAUUUUUUUGAUAAUGGAGAAUGGGAAAUUGUGAGCGCAACAGGAAGCAAAGGAAACAGAACCGACAGCUGUUGCUGGUAUCCUUACAUCACUUACUCAUUUGUAAUUAAGCGUCUGCCUCUCUUUUAUACCCUGUUCCUUAUUAUACCCUGUAUUGGGCUCUCGUUUUUAACCAUACUUGUCUUCUAUCUUCCUUCAAAUGAAGGUGAAAAGAUUUGUCUCUGCACUUCAGUACUUGUGUCUCUGACUGUCUUCCUUCUUGUUAUUGAAGAGAUCAUACCCUCAUCUUCCAAAGUCAUACCUCUGAUUGGAGAGUACCUGGUGUUUACCAUGAUUUUUGUGACACUAUCCAUCAUGGUCACUGUCUUUGCUAUCAACAUCCAUCACCGUUCUUCCUCAACACAUAACGCUAUGGCUCCGUGGGUCCGCAAGAUAUUUCUUCAGAAGCUUCCGACACUGCUUUGCAUGCGAAGUCAUGUAGAUAGGUGCUUCAGUCAGAAGGAGGAAACUGAGAGCAGCCGUGGACCAAAAGCUUCUAGAAACACACUGGAAGCUGCACUUGAUUCCAUUCACUACAUCACAAGACACGUCAUGAAGGAGAAUGAUGUCCGUGAGGUUGUUGAAGAUUGGAAAUUCAUAGCCCAGGUUCUUGAUCGGAUGUUUCUGUGGACUUUUCUUCUGGUUUCAAUUGUUGGAUCUCUUGGGCUUUUUGUUCCAGUUAUCUAUAAAUGGGCAAAUAUAAUAGUACCAAUUCAUAUUGGAAACACAAAUAAGUGACACUUCCCUAGGGGCUGUAGUAGGAAUUUAGUUAAAAGGCACAUAUCUCUUAUGGCGCCUAUAAAAUUAUGAAAAUGUAAAUUGUGUUUAAAAUUUGAUGCAAGCUUCAACAGAUUAACAGACACUAACAUCAGUUUAUCAUAAUAGAUUGCCCAUUAGAACAUCUACCUGCAUGACUGAAGUAAUAACUGGCUGAAUAACAUUUGAUCUUUUAAAAAUAGCAGCACAAAAUAUUAUCUAAACUGUACUAGUAAAAAUCUAAUGUUUAUAUCCUGUCAAAUAAUUCUGCUUUGUAAUCAACAGUUAAGUUCAUCUUUUGACUGUGCUGGAAAAUUCCUGUUGUAUUUGAAGACUGAUUUCAUUUGGUAAAGGUACACAUUUAAAAAUUCUCUCCUGUAUUCAUUGGGUAAGAGCUAAUCUUAAGUAUAAUAUAUUGCUGUACUAAAUAAGCUGACUACUUGGUAUGAUAAUGAUUGAAUGUGAUGCUGCUUUUCUAUAACCAACAUUUUUAAAAAAUGAAAAAUGGGAAUUGGGAACUCCUUUAAGGCUUACUUUAUUUUGUAGAUGCAUAAACUGAAUAAUUAUUAACUAUUUUUACAGCCUACCUUCCAUCGUGAAAUCAUACGAUAACUCGUGUCGACAUGCAGUAGCAUAUCCUUAACAUUCAUUUCAAUCCUUUUGUCCACUUUUUCCCACAAUUAAUAGAACCACCUUCUAUAUAAAUUCUGGUAGCAUCUUUUUAUCUUUGAUCUUAGAAGUGUCCAUGACAACUAAGUGAAUCCCAUUUUAAGAACACGUCUGUGGAUACUACUAAAUUGUUCUGUGAGAAAACCAUCUUCUAAGAUUAAAGGUGGUAUUGUAAUUAUGUAUAAGUACAUUGUUACAUACCUGUGAUGUUUCAGUUUUAUCUCUUUCAUUCCAACAAUUACAGUACUAGAAUAUUAGUGUUGCAAGGGCCUUUAGAUGUAAUCUGGUCUUAGCCUAUUACUACUUACUUAUUCAAUACAGUAUCAUGUAUCACAGGUAGACAAGUUAAAAUUUCAUCUCUACUGUCAUACAGAGUGAAGUAAGUCAGAAAGAGAAAAACAAAUGUCGCAUAUUAACGCAUAUAUGUGGAACCUAGAAAAAUGGUACAGAUGAACCGGUUUGCAGGGCAGAAAUUGAGACACAGAUGUAGAGAACAAACGUAUGGACACCAAGUGGGGAAAGCAGUGGCAGAUGGGGGUGGUGGUGCGAUGAUUUGGGCGAUUGGGAUUGACAUGUAUACACUGAUGUGUAUAAAAUUGAUGACUAAUAAGAACCUGCUGUAUAAAAAAAUAAAAUAAAAUUCAAAAAAA